AUGGAAGACUCUUUGGCAAAAAAAAUGGAGAUCACUGUUUCAGAAGCCGAAAAACGGACUGGGAGGAAUGCCAUGAACAUGCAAGAAACAUACACUGCUUAUCUCAUUGAGACAAGAGCUGUUGAGUCCCAGAUUGAGGGACAGUGUGCCCCAGUGGACUCCCUGUGGCGACGUUACAGUGAAUUUGAGUUGCUGCGGAAUUAUUUGUCAGUAACCUAUCCCCAUGUUGUUGUUCCACCUUUGCCAGAAAAAAGGGCUGACUUUGUUUGGCAUAAGCUGUCAGCAGAUAAUAUGGAUCCAGAUUUUGUGGAAAGACGAAGAAUUGGUUUGGAAAACUUCUUGUUACGUGUGGCUUCACAUCCUGUUCUUUGCCAAGACAAAAUCUUUUAUUCAUUUUUAACACAGGAAGGUGGAUGGAAAGAAAUGGUGAAUGAGACUGGAUUUCAAUUAAAGGCAGAUUCCAGAUUAAAAGCUCUUAAUGCAACAUUCAGAGUGAAAAACCCAGACAAGAGGUUUACUGAGCUAAAACACUAUAGCGAUGAACUGCAGUCUGUCAUAUCACACCUUCUGCGAGUCAGAGCUAGGGUAGCAGACCGGCUAUAUGGCGUCUAUAAAGUCCAUGGCAACUAUGGAAGAGUAUUCAGUGAGUGGAGUGCAAUAGAAAAGGAGAUGGGGGAUGGGUUGCAGAGUGCUGGCCACCACAUGGAUGUAUACGCAGCUUCCAUCGAUGACAUUCUGGAAGAAGAGGAACAUUAUGCAGACCAGCUGAAAGAAUAUCUCUUCUAUGCAGAAGCACUACGGGCGGUUUGCAGGAAACACGAACUAAUGCAGUAUGACUUGGAAAUGGCUGCACAGGACCUAACGUCUAAGAAACAGCAGUGUGAGGAGCUGGCAACAGGAACUGUGAGAACGUUCUCCCUGAAAGGGAUGACUAGCAAGCUCUUCGGGCAGGAAACCCCUGAGCAGAGGGAAGCCAAGAUAAAGGUUCUGGAAGAGCAGAUACAGGAAGGAGAAGAACAACUGAAGUCUAAAAAUCUGGAGGGCAGAGACUUUGUGAAAAGUGCCUGGACUGACAUCGAACGGUUUAAAGACCAGAAGAAUCGGGAUUUGAAGGAGGCGCUCAUAAGCUAUGCUGUUAUGCAGAUUAGCAUGUGCAAAAAGGGAAUUCAAGUUUGGACAAAUGCAAAGGAAUGCUUCAGCAAGAUGUGAUUACCUGGAAAUGAAUUCCUCCUCCAAGUGCCAGGGAACGGAAGCACAAAUGUAUAACACCAAUGUUAAGUUGCUACAUGACUUGCAUAUAAAUCAUGAAAUAAAUGAGUUGAGUGAAUAGUUUUUCUUUCUGCCAUUGUAAUUGUUAAUAAAGGACGAAA